UAAUCAACUACCAAAUUAACUUUUGUAAUUUCAAAUUGAUCUUCCAUUGAUUCAGCACCAAAAUGGACCAAAAAGCAACAGCAGCAUGCGCUACACCUCACUCUUCACUAUCAUUACACACCUCUACUUAGGAGACCAUAUAAUUAACUUGGGUCCAUUUUUGACUUAUGAAAGGUUAACUUCUUCACCAUAAAAAGAAUAUAUUCAACACACAAAAUUCAGACAAACUCCCUCAUGGGACAGAAGAAAAGCAAUCUCUGCUUCAUCUUGUUGUUGCAGUUCACCUCUUUGAUCCACUGCUUUGCUGAACCUUUGGACACCAUUCUUCAUGACCAUGCUCUGAGAGUGAUGAGUCAGAAGCGACGGCACUCAGACGAGCUCUACGACGCUAGGCUCCCUAAAUAUCUAGCUGGGAUGAAGCUUUCUGUGGUAGGGCUCAGAAGCAGAACCCUAUGGACAAAAGGAGCCAAUUUCAGCAGCUUCCUCAUUCCACCAAAGACUCUUCCUGUGCCUUAUGUCAAGAGAAUACUCAUAGUUUACCACAAUCUUGGUAACUGCUCUUCUUCAUACUACAGCCUAUCAGGUUACUCACUCUUGACCCCUGUUGUUGGUUUUCUGGUCUAUGAUGCAUCCCAUUUGAGCAGCAAAAACUUGUCAAAACUCGAGCUCAACACCAACGGAGAGACUAUAUCUAUUGCGUUUAACAAAUCAUUAUCAGCUAGAGGCAAAGAGGGGACGAAAUGUGCUGCAUUUGGGGCUCUUGGGGACGUCUUACUAAGUGACUUGAGCUUGCCUAAUAUAUGUCACAGCACAAGUCAAGGCCAUUUCUCUAUAGUAAUUCCAAUCAAGAAAAGGCACAAGAUGUCUUUGUUAUGGAUUCUAGGGUUUGUGGCAGGAUUCACGGGGCUCGUCCUAGGAACAGUGGCUGUGAGAUCUUUACUUUGUAAGAGAACUCAAGAAAUGGAAAGAGAAGCAGAUGAAGGAGAGUUUCUGAAGACUUACUGGAUAGCUAGCAGCAAAAUGCCACAAGCUCAAGUGACAAGAACUCAGCCUGUUCUUGAGAGUAAAAUUCUCCCAAAUCCAAAAAUGUCUUGGUAUGCUUAGACUAUUCCUUCUUCUUUGAUUUUUCCUUAGAAUACUCUCUUUCCAUUCAAGGAUCUCCCUCCUCUUGUAAUCUAUCAAAGUUUCGACAUUCUUCCCCCACACUGUUCCCAGGUAUGAACAACUCAAAGUUUCGAAUUGGGAUUCCUAAUGAUAUAGUAGAAUGAUUAUUUGCAGAGUACA